AUGGCAUCGCCUGUUGCUAUACCACAUCACCAAAUCAUGUCUUCGCUGCAAAAUCGCACCAACCAGAUCCCAGUUGUUGAGUCCUCAGCUGAGAUACACCAUGCACCUGUGCGCAAGAGGGGCCGUGUUGAUGACAUCGCCGAGCUCGAUGAUAGAAGAGCAGGAUCAGGUGUAACGCGUGAUACAGAGUUGAGCGAAACUUUGCGCGAAUAUUACAAGAGGAUGUCCAAGGAUCCUGAUAUGACAUGGGACAAAACCAAAUCAAUUCGUGAUGGUCGUAACGCAAGAAUUGUCAACAACAUGAUAGCUUACAUUCGUGGUCUUGAACAACAUCUCAACAACAACACCAGUGGUGAUACGGGUGAAAAUCCUCGACGAAUGCAUUGGACGGAUCAUCAAAUCUUCGCAAAAGCACAAAACCAAUUGGAGUAUCAUAAAGCGACUGCUGAUCUCACGGAUGAAUUGCGCAAGAAACAUAGCGCGAAGGUUGCCAAGAGGAACGCCCGUAAGAAGAAACAUGAUAUACGUAAGGAGGCUUUUGCUUUGGGUGGCCGUAAUUUGAGCACGUACAGAGAAAAGGGUGAAGACUUGCUGGUAGCUGCUCUGAUGUCGGAUUCGGACGACGAUGUGAAUGAAGAUGGUCAAACAGUGGGAAGAAAGCUACUUCGCCCACAUUGGCGCUCGGAUGCUGCCAACGCAUUUUUGGAUGACCUCACCACGCUGAGCAGACACACUGCAAAAGGCCGCGAAUACUGCCAAAAGAGGGACCGACAAGAGAGGCGUACUUGCACGGUUGUGGUACAAGGUGUUGACGACAUAGUCAGCAAGGAGGUUCCCGAUUGGGCCAAGGUGGUUGUUCCUGAUGAUGCUGAGAACGAUGGAUAA